AUGACCAUCCAGCUGAAGGACAAGGGGAUGACCGAUGGUCGAUACAAGUAUAAGGCUGAUGGCCUGGUUUGUGCGAACGAUUUUUCUAGUCUGGAAAUUUUGCUAACAGAAGUUUCUUCUGGAUAUGGCAGUAGCGACAGCAGCAAGGUCAGUUUUGACCAUUACAAGGGAAUGUUUGGUAUGCUUUCCAUGAUGCGAACCAUUGCACAAACAUACAACAAAGGCACAAUUGACACGUUUAGAAAGUUGAAAAUUCACCUCCUUCAUGGCCAUGGUAGGCAACAAUAUUACUAUUUUUUUUCUGCAACUUAA